GAUUAACUUACAAAUAUAUCUCAAAAGCCCUUGUCCAGUUUCAUACAAUCAGUGCACAUUUAUUUAGGCUAUUAUAAUCUAAUUAUAAUUUAUAAGAAACUACAAACAAUGGAAACUUUUGAAACAUAUACAUUUGCUGCAGACUAUCAACUGAGGAAUUUCUCCUUUGAGCGGUAUCUUCCACCAUUGUUCACUCUUGCUCUUGUCCGAGGUUUUACAGAUUUCAAGUCCAUUUUCCACGUGAUAUUCUAGGAUCUUUUAAAGAAAGGAAAUGUACCACAUAGUCAAGUUCCAAAAGACUAAUGAAGUGGGGAUUGUGCCACACACUUGGCUCCACGGAAGAGAGUACUGCUUUUGGCCCAAGUUCAAAAACAGUAACCAACUGGACAAGGGAGUGAAGACCUGCUGCCUCCCAGACAAGGAUACAUGGAAACUGUAUACCAUCACAGUCAUGUACAGUAGUGAAUCGUAUGACAAGGUGAGGAGAAAACUACCCCUGGCAACUGAUAUGUCUAACCUCGACACGGAGGCAGAGGAUGAUAGAGAGUCAAGGAAAAGAAGACCAACUGGCAGGUACUUGAGUUCGAGCUCCAGCUCAAGUGAUGAGGAGACACAAGUGGCAAAGACCAAGGAGUCACGAGCGUCAAAGUCCUCUGUGCCCAUGCCACCUUCUCCACCUCGCCUUAGAGUUUCUCCCCAGCCGCCUUCUCCUCCUCGCCUUCCAGUCUCUCUACCUGUGGCACCGUCUCCACCCCUACCUACACUGUCGGUCCCGACCAGCCCACGGCGAUCCCCCAGGCGACGGAUCUUACCCGAACCAUGUCCAUUGCUGUCCCGACAGGAUGUAUGGAGGCCCAGUCACUCACCAAGUUCAACAGUGGGGGCAACUAGAGGGGAAGUUGUUGAACUUGUAAAGAUCGUGGAGUCAACUCGAGCAGUGGCUCUUGAAAAUCAGAAGCUGCUUCACCAGGUCCUGAGGAUUCUACAGUCUGGCUCCACGGACUUGACACCAGCUGAGGAGUUGCAUCUCCCCCCUCAAAACCAUCGAGGAACUGAGGGAAACUAAUACUUCUCUGGAGGAUUCCUCCAGAUUGAGAUCAGCGGUUGGGCAACUCGGAGUGGCAGGAGGCGUGUCAACAGGAGACACAAUACGCAGAGUUUUGACAAUGCUAAUGACAAACUCGGUCGCCAAGCAGGUGAAUUGGAAGGGGACUUCAGGAAAAGAACCCUUCCAACAGAUGAGAC